GUUGGAGGGCAUAGUGCAGGCCGAGAGAGAGCGGGCUGACAGCAUGGAGCAGCGCAUACGACAGUUUGAUGCUAUGGAGCAGCGCAUGCGACAUUUUGAUGCUAUGGAGCAGCGCAUGCGACAUUUUGAGGCCUUCAUGUCCUCUACAGGAUUAUCGUUCGUAUGCCCUGGUGCUCAGCAGUCUUCACCUGCACACGUAGGUAGUACGUCAUCUGUUAGUAGUGCGCCUGCAGGUAAUGCGACAACGGUUGGUCCGUUGUCGCCUUCUGGACAAUUGCUGAGCCAACAAUCCCCUCUCGGGACUCCAUCGCCCGUUACACCAUCUCUUGCGGGACAAUCGACAGUUGGCGAGGUCACGCCCGGGACUGCACCUCGUGAUCCGCAGCGACGUCCUCCAGAUUUGUAGAUAUUUUGUAUAUUUUUUUUUUUUUGUUAGUCACGAAUAACUUUAUUAAAUCAAGAUUUAAAAAUUUGUUGAUAUUGUUGUGUAAGUAGUUAUUGUUAGUAAUGAAUAUAUUUAUUAGUACAUGGUAUUCGAAUUUUUAAA